AUGAAAUUGGUCGGGUUGAUUUUGCUGCUCCUUGGCUUCCUUGCCACCGCUAGCAGUCAGGACGAGAACGAUAGUGUUCGAAGGAUAAUGAAGGAAAUGGAAAUCGUUCCAGAAAUUUUGGAUGAGCCACCAAAGGAGCUGCUCAAGAUCAAGUAUGACAACGCAUUUGACAUUGAAGAGGGAAAAACCUACACGCCAAAGGAGCUCAAAUUCCAGCCAAAACUAGACUGGAGCGCAGAUUCCGGAUCUUUUUACACCGUGGUCAUGAUUUGCCCAGAUGCGCCGAACCGCGAGAAUCCAAUGUACCGGUCGUGGCUCCAUUGGCUGGUGGUCAAUGUUCCUGGACUAGACGUAAUGAAGGGGCAGUCUAUAUCGGACUAUUUUGGCCCUCUGCCACCAAAGGAUAGUGGCAUGCAACGCUACCUGAUCCUGGUCUACCAGCAAUCGGAUAAACUGGACUUUGACGAGAAGAAACUCGAGCUCAGUAACGCAGAAGGCCACAGCAAUUUUGAUGUUUUGAAAUUUGCACAGAAAUACGAGAUGGGUGUACCUGUAGCUGGAAAUAUUUUCCAGUCUAGGUGGGAUGAUUAUGUGCCAGAGCUGAUGAGGAUGUUGUACGACGUUAACGAGUAAAUACGUAUCUACUAUACUUUGCUGAGUAUUCUACUACUAUCUGUUAUAAUAUUUUAAUAAAAGUAUUUAGCUAGUGACGAGCAUUCCAAA